AGCGGAAACUGAUCUAGGUCACGUCCGGUUAUGAUCAAGCUCGUGAAGUGGGUGAAAGGUUGCCUGGAAGUCUGAACCCGAACCUGCCUGAACGAUGCUUCCGAACACAGGAAAACUCGCCGGUUUGACGCUCUUCAUCACCGGGGCCAGUCGAGGGAUCGGUAAAGCCAUCGCGCUGAAAGCGGCCAGAGAUGGAGCCAACAUUGUCAUUGCUGCCAAGACAGCGGAGCCUCACCCCAAACUGCCAGGAACCAUUUAUACCGCCGCCAAGGAGGUGGAAGAGGCUGGCGGCAGGGCGCUACCAUGUGUUGUGGACAUCCGGGACGAGAAGCAGAUUGGAGAAGCUGUCCAGAAAACUCUAGAAACGUUUGGAGGCAUCGACAUCCUGGUGAACAACGCCAGUGCCAUCAACCUGACAGGCACUCUGGGCACGCCCAUGAAGAAGGUGGACCUGAUGCUGGGAAUCAACCUGCGUGGAACUUACCUGACUUCCAAACUGGUGAUCCCUCACCUCCUCAAGAGUCGCUCGCCCCACAUCCUGAAUCUGGCCCCGCCCAUCAACCUCAACCCCGUCUGGUUCAAAAACCACACAGCGUACACCAUGGCAAAGUACGGAAUGUCAAUGUGCGUCCUGGGGAUGUCUGAAGAGUUCAGAGGUCAAAUUGCGGUGAAUGCCCUCUGGCCUAAAACAGCCAUCCAGACGGCAGCCAUGGACAUGCUUGGCGGCGAAGGAGUUGGCAAACAGUGCCGGAAAGCCGACAUCAUAGCUGACGCUGCGUACGCCAUCCUGACCAGCCCCACAGACUUCACCGGCAACUUUGUGGUGGAUGAGGACCUGCUGAGGGAGCGCGGAGUCCAGGACUUUGACCAGUACGCCGUACAGCCAGGUCAUCCUCUACUGCCUGACUUUUUCCUGGACGAGACUCCGGAGGACGUGGUGGAGCAUUUAGAGAAGCACGGGGCGACGCCAGCCUUCCAGGUGCCAUCAUCUACAGCAUCAGCCCCCUCUGGUGGACCCAUUGAAACUACGUUCGACGUGAUACGCAGUGUCAUCAAUGAGGAAGUAGUCAAGUCCACUCAGGGUGUAUACCAGUUCGACCUGUCAGGAGAGCACGCUGGGGUCUGGUUUCUGGACCUGAAGAGCAGCUCCGGUCAGGUGGGCCGAGGUCAGCCCCCUGAGAAGGCUGACGUUGUUAUGACCAUGGACUCCGGCGACUUCACCAAGAUGUUCGCAGGCAAGCUGAAGCCCACCAUGGCCUUCAUGGCAGGGAAGCUGCGGAUCAAGGGAGACAUGACGCUCGCUAUCAAACUGGAGAAACUGAUGAGCCGCAUGAACAAGGCCAAGCUCUGAGGUCACACCCCGGUGCCAACCACAAGUGCCGGAGGUCAUGUGACUCCACGGUUCCCUUCACACACGGUCACUCCAAUGCGUGUUUGUCAGUUGGACGCUUAAAAUCCAAAUCACCCAAACUUGUUUUGAGAGCUCAAACCGCCGACUGAAGUAGUCCAACCCCAACCCUGGGAUUCUUCUGGUGUAUGACCUGCUUUCUCACCUGAUGUGCCACGUCUGCCCCCAGCAACCACCGACCCCCAACCCAAGCAGCGAGGAGAGGAUAUUCAGGUCUUUGUUAUUUGGGCUCAUGACACCCAACAAUGAAGUCAAUUGUUAUUGAGGCUGAUUCAGAGUUGGUCUUUAAUCUAAACUGGACCUGUCAUGUCUGUUUCGAUUGGGUUUGUUUUACCAGGGACGAUGGUUUUGGGCAAUUCUGGUUUCAACUAUGAAGAGACAGGUUGAAUCUCUCUCUUGCCUCCUCCAGCUCCGGAUUACUGAUUGAUAUGCUGCAGCCGGGUCCCUGGUUGAAACUAAUCCAACCAGAAUCUUUGAACAAACUUUGGAGGAGGGAGGUCGUGAGAAACUGGUGGUUGCCGUAUGAAUAUGCAUGAGGUCGCACAAAAGGCUCUCAAGGAAGGCACUGAAGUGACCGUGUGAAAGGGAGGCCCCUGACCCCCACUCUAGAUGCAUCAUGUGAUCAGUGUGAUGUGAUGACUUGUGAAGGAAAACUGAGUUGCCAUUAAACGUGACACACAAUGUUUAUCAACAACUGAUGGUUCAAUAAAAGUCUAAAGCAGUGAUGUCUUCAUGUACGACAACAGACA